UCUGGUAAUGGUAUCAAACGCACACCAGAGUGUCUCUUUCCAUUUUUUUUAGAAGGUUUGCCCAUUCCAAUUUUUCAUACGUGAGAGAGACGGAGCGAGAGAGAGGGCGGUGCUGAGAUUGUCUUGAGAAUUCAUCCUCUUUCUUUCAUGACUUCAGAUUUGUCCUUGCCAAUUCCCACAGAAGCAGGUGCAAGCUUUCAUUUUAGAACCUCUCAGUUCACAGGAACUCAGCGGCCCUGGCUAGAUCUUUAUGGAGUCAGACUUCGAGCUGUUCCUUACUUUGGAAGUGCGAGCAGUAGACCUUUUGUUGAUCCGGCACUUAUACAUCGUUGCUUGCCUGAUGAACUGCUCUUUGAGGUCUUCACGCGAAUGACUCCAUACAGCUUAGGGAAGGCCGCAUGUGUUUGUCGUAAAUGGAGAUAUACUAUUCGCCAUCCGGUCUUUUGGCGCAGCGCUUGCCUAAAAGCUUGGCAGGCGUCUGGACCAGUGGAAAAUUACAGGAUCAUCCAGUCAGUAUAUGGGGGGUCGUGGAGGAAAAUGUGGCUUGUAAGGCCAAGGCUUCGAACUGAUGGUCUUUAUGUGAGUAGGAAUACUUACAUCCGAGCUGGAGUGGCAGAGUGGAAGGUUACCAACCCUGUGCACGUGGUAUGCUACUACCGGUACAUAAGGUUUUAUCCUUCUGGGAGGUUCCUUUACAAGAACUCUUCUCAAAAAGUUAAAGAGGUGGUAAAAUUCAUGAACUUCCGUACAUCCAAGGCUGAUUGCGUCUUUAGUGGCCACUACACAUUGACCAAUGACCAGGUUGAAGCUGCUCUCUUAUACCCGGGUUUGCGUCGUACUGUUCUUAGAAUCCGCCUAAGGGUAAGAGGAACAACGGCAGGGGCGAACAAUCGGUUAGAUCUUCUUUCCCUUGUUACCAGUGGUGUAAACGAUAGUGAAAUUAAUGAUCCGGACGGUGAUAUGCUUGGGGUGGUGGAAGGGUGGGAGGAGGAUGAGACGCAUAACCCCGAUGUGCCUGCUGUUUCGCAUAGGAGGGGUUUUACACCUUUUGUAUUUGUUCCGUUCGAAGAGGUGGAAACAUCAGUUCUGAAUCUUCCGGUGGACAAGAUGGAUUAUUUCGUUCCUGGCUGAUGCUUGAAAUGCAUUAGAAUCCUCACUCUCGGUAACAUGUGUGUGUUUGUAUAUAAUGUGUGUGCGUGUGUGUGUGUGUGUAUAUAUCCAACAGCCUCUACUGCUUCUGGCUUCUCUGUAUUUGUAUCUUAUAUAGCUUUGUUGUCUGUGCAUGGUUGCUGAAGUGUAGCUUCUAGUUCACCAUGCUUCCCGGACAUAGAAACGAUGCAUUCUGCACUCUUUUGUACACACCAAAGUUUGGUUUGUUGAACUGUUUAAGGAUCUAAUUCUGUCUUCUUUUUAUUAUCUCUUCUAUAUAUAAUGUGAGGUGCAUUUGGCCAAA